AUGGAGCUCGCGUGCAUAUGCCGCGAAGGCGGUGCCUGCAGAUACCCUUAUCUGAACCCGCUCAUCACUCACAUUGUGGUGGGCUCAGACCUGAUGGUGGAUGAGCUGCAGUGCAUCAGGCAGCACCAGCAGAAGCACGGCGCCCUGGUGCGCGUGCUGGACGCAGGAUGGUUGAGGCAAUGCGGCGCAUCCAGAAUGCGUGAAGACGACAGGCCGUGGCUGUUCAACCCUGCCUCUGCUCUGGCAGCAGGGCCCCGGAAGAGCAGAGAUGGCAGUGAGCUGCUGGACAACCGGGAAGGGAGCAGGGCUGGCUUUCCAGCUGCCAGUAGCUGUGAUGGGGAUGCAUCUCGACAUGCAAGGGGCCAGGCAGCUUCAAAGCGCAGUCCUUUGGGAGACUGCUGGUUCAGCCUGGCUGCUUUGGAGCACGACCCAGCAGAGAGAGCGCGUGUGCAUGAGCUCAUCAGGCAGGCUGGCGGACGUUCUUUUGAUGCCAAGCGCAUCAACCUGGUCGCUAGCCCUUCAUCCGCGUAUGCAGUCUGCCCUCUCGGGUUCCCACCUCCUCGACUUGCGGAAGCCAUGCGGCAGCCAGACUUCAAGAUGGUGCCAGAUGCCAACCGCAUCACACCCUACUGGGUGGAGCUCAGCAUUGAAUAUGGCGCUCCUGUGAAGCAGCUGGGCCGCGACCGAGUCACCUGCAAGCCCCUGCCCUACCAGCUGCCUAUGCCCGGCAUGGACGGUGUCAAGGUGUGUGCAUCGGGCAUGACUGAGGAUGCCAAGAUGGCAAUUAAGGAGCUGGUGAAGCAUUUGGGCGGCAAGUACACGCAGCGCAUGAGCCGCAACAACAGCCACCUGAUCAUUCAGAAGGCCAUGGGUGAGAAGUGGAAGCAUGCAAGGGCCUUUGACGUCAUCGCCGUCACACCGGACUGGCUGGUGGACAGCGCUCUUGCUGGGUGCUUACUUCCUGAGAGUGGAUUCGCGCCGCCUUUGCCUGCUCCUGGCGAGGAGGAAUUGAACACAGCCACACAGUUUCCCUUCGAGAUGACUGUGCGCCCUGCAGCGACACAGCACAAACCGCAGGCAGCACCUUCUGGCACCGGUCGUGCAGCCGCCCGAGCAGACCCUGCUGCACCCAAUGACAGCAGCACAGCGCCCAGCAGGGCGAGCACUGCAGCCAAACAGACUUCUGGUCCUCAGCAGGACGGGACACUUCUGCAGCGGAAGUUGAGCCACACAAGCACGUCAGACCCCAGGAAAUGCAGCAGCACGCUGAAGGCUGCCAUUGGCGCCAGAGCGGGCACCCAGAAGCACCCGACAGCACCUCAGCAGCGAAUGGAAGAUGCUCUGCUGAUGCCGAAUGGGGCUGAUAAGAGCGCUGCUUGUGACCCGCUGGAAGCUAUGCUCGAUGCUGGCAGCAGAGCUGGGCCAGAGCUUCCAGCGGAUGAUGCAGGGCUGCAGAGCCCAGGGAGGGGCAAGUCCAGGCUGCGCAAGAUGCAGGCCCUCUCGCGCCCAGAGCCCUCAGAAGACCAGGAGAAUGUGGGAGCUGAUAUCGUCUCGCCAACCUGCGACAACAAUGGAUCGCAGCCAGGAGAAGCUGGAAACAAGGCUGCGGAGUGGACACUGGCAGCUGCUCGUCUGGGGAACUUUCUGGAAGCUGUCGUGCUCCCCAACCUUGCAAGUUCUCAGCAGGACGUCUUUGCCCACCCAGCACAAAGAGCUUCGUCGGCGACCUCGGGCCGUCAGGGCGGCUCAGUGGGCCAGCUGCCAGGCGGUCUGAGCAGCAUGCCUGGAGAGGCAUCGGCUGGGGAGGACAUGUCGAUGCACAGUGGCGACAGCACGGGCCUGUCACACGGCGCCAGCAACCUUCGCAAGCGUACCCGGGGGGCCGCGGCCGGCGGAGCGGCCAGCAGCGGCGCUGUGCCCAAACGCCCCAGCAGAGCCUCGGCAGACGCCAGCGCGCCUGCUCACUUCGAUUGCUCCCAGCAGGUGGGGUAUGGAGGAGCAGGCAGGGGGCCGCCUGCAGUGACCACCCGGAGGCGCGCAGCUCUGAAAGCAAAGAGUAGUCUUGGGGCCGAGGGCAAGGGGUCAGAAGAGCUGGCCAAGCAGAGAUUGGCACGUGCUGUGCGGUCUUCGGUUCGAAGAGAUGCAGGCAAAGAUGAAGACGCUCUCAAGGCCAUGGGCCUUAUGGACUGA